GUACCGCUUUAGUCCGGAAGAGCUGAUCCGCACAACUCAGCGGCUCGGGCUGCUGGAAGUCGAAGAUGCGGUCGAACUCGUAAACGGCGUGGUAGAGCUCCUCCGCGCUGAACGCGCGGGGCGACCAUCGGUGCACAUCGCGCCACACAUGGCGCGCAGGGGGCACCUCAUUCCCGCCUUGGCGGCCCCACCGAGGGAAGUCUCCGAUGUGUCGUUCAACACGGAUCUUUUGAAUCUCGUGGUGGCCGAGGAAGGUGGAG